CGCUUUGACAGCUCCCUCGCGCACAGCUGCCGCCGAGUCCAGUGGGUUCGGCAACCUGUGGCCCCUUUCUCCUCGCGUCCCCGUCCCCCCGCGGCCCUGGCCCCGGCCAUGAAGCGCAUCUUCUCCUGCUCCAGCUCACAGGUGGCGGUGGAGAGAUGGAACCGCCGUGAUCAGAAGCUGCUGGAGGCAGUGCAGCGGGGGGACGUGGGGCGCGUGGCUGUUCUGGCCUCCCGGAAGUCCGCCCGACCCACCAAGCUCAACUCCAACGGCCAGUCCCCGUUUCACCUGGCGGCCUCCAAGGGCCUGACCGAAUGCCUGACCGUUCUGCUUGCAAAUGGUGCCGACAUCAACAGCAAGAAUGAAGAUGGAAGCACCGCCCUGCACUUAGCCACCAUCUCCUGCCAGCCACAGUGUGUCAAGGUCUUGCUGCAGCACGGUGCCAAUGAGGAUGCUGUGGAUGUGGAAAACCGCAGCCCAUUGCACUGGGCAGCCUCCUCGGGCUGCGCCUCGAGUGUGCUCCUGCUGUGUGACCACGAGGCCUUCCUGGACGUCCUGGACAACGACGGACGGACACCCCUGAUGAUCGCGGCGCUGGGCGGUCACGCGGCCACCUGCUCGCAGCUGCUGCAGCGAGGCGCCCGGGUGAAUGUCACAGACAAGGACGACAAGUCGGCGCUGAUCCUGGCCUGUGAGAAGGGCAGUGCGGAGGUGGCAGAGCUGCUCCUGAGCCACGGGGCCGACGCGGGGGCGGUGGACAGCGCCGGCAACGAUGCCCUGCACUACGCCCUGCGCACGCAGGACCGGGCCCUGUGGCGGCUGCUGCGGCAGGCCCUGAGCCGGCGGCGGGGAGGUCAGGGGCUAGUCCAGCACCCAGAUGCUGCAUCCAAGGCCGCUCCAUCAGAGGCUCAGGUGGGUUCUCCACCCAAGAGCCCAUGGCGCUCAGAGCCUGGCGAGGAGCAGGAGCAAGAGGAGGAGGAAGCUGCACGUGUAGAUGAGUGGCGGUGGAAGUUUGAGGAAGAGCAGAGGAAAGUGUCUCAGUUGGAGCGGGAGCUGGAGCAAAAGACAGAAGAGUGCAAGGCCCAGGCGGCGGCCUACUCGGACCUGGAGAACCAGAUUCGCGAGCACGUGCAAGAGCUGGGGGUCCUCUUAUUCCAGGAGCCCGGCGCUCCAGAGGGGCAGGGCUUGCGCCUCCGGUCUGGAGGAGAUGGCAUGGAGCAGGGGUGUCCCCUGGUCCUGCUGGCUGGGCGCAUACAAGAGCUGAGGAAGCAGCAGCAGGCAGCAGCUGCAGCACUGGCCACACCAAAGCCGAGGGCAGAGCCCCAAAAGACUGAGCACUCAGCCGAAGGAGAGGUCCAGAGUGAAACCAAUGGAGAGUCCCAUCCCGAAGAACAUGGCCUCCCCCAGAGCCCAAGGUCUGAGGCCAUUGGGAAAGCCACCAACGGGGGACAGAUCCUUGGCCCUGAUCAUACUGACCAGCUGCCUGCAAAUCAGGAAGGACCCCAGGCCGCGGGGCCUGGACCAGCAGGCACAGAGGCCGAGCCCGUGGGCUCAGCGGCUGUGAACCAGCUCCUGCUACAGCUGCGAGAGGAGCUGGCUGCCGUGUGGCAGGAAAAGGAUGCUGCUCGAGGGGCUUUGUCAAGACCAUUCCUGGAGGGAGCCCCGGGGACGCCUCAGGCCGAGGCCGCAGCUGCCGCCUGGGAGAAGAUGGAGGCCAGGUUGGAGAAGGUGCUGGUGAGGCUGGAUCGGGCCAAGGCGGGGCUGCAGGCGAAAUCUGAGGCCCCUCCCCAGGAGUUCAGAGAGGGACCCCCGAAGGCACCCCGGAGGAUCACUGCGACCUUGGCUGAAGGCAGGGAGAAAAGGGCUCCCGGGGCCCGGGGAGAGCCUCUCGGGGCUCCUGGAGGGGAGCCGGGCCCGGGGGGCCUGGUGAAGGGACAGCUGGAGAAGGAGGUGUCGGCACUGAGGCUGAGCAACAGCAGCCUGCUGGAGGAGCUGGGGGAGCUGGGGCGGGAGCGGCAGCGACUGCAGGGCGAGCUGCAGACCCUCAGCCAGCGGCUCCAGCGGGAGUUCGUGCCCAGGCCGGAGGCCCAGGUCCAGCUGCAGCAGCUGCGGCGGAGCGUGGGGCUGCUAACCCAGGAGCUGGCGCUGGAGAAGGAGGCCACGGAGAAGCUGCGCGAGCGCCUGGCUUCCCAGAGCAGCGGCCUCCGCGGGCUGUGGGACUGCCUGCCCCCGGACCUCGUGGGCAAGGGGGCAGCGGGGAGCACGGCGGCCCAGCCCCUGGAGGAGCUGCAGGCCUGUGUCAGCACCCUGGUGGAGCGGCACCGCCAGGCCCAGCAGCUGCUGGCUCGGCUGGAGGAGGAAAACCAGCAGCUGCGGGGGUCCCCGGCCCCACUCGGGGAGCCAGGCCCCUCCUCGAAGGCCCCGGCAGCUCCCCAAGUCGCCGCUUUGGAGCAAGACCUGGGGAAGCUGGAGGAGGAGCUGCGGGCCGUGCAGGCCACCAUGAGCGGGAAGAGCCAGGAGAUCGGGAAGCUGAAGCAGCUGCUGUACCAGGCCACGGAGGAGGUGGCUGAGCUGCGCUCGCGGGAGGCGGCCAGCUUGCGGCAGCACGAGAAGACUCGGGGCUCCCUGGUGGCUCAGGCCCAGGCGUGGGGGCAGGAGCUGAAAGCGCUGCUGGAGAAGUACAACACGGCCUGCCGGGAGAUGGGGCGGCUGCGCGAGGCCGUGGCGGACGAGCGGCGCCGCAGCGGGGAUCUGGCUGCGCGCGCCACCGAGCAGGAGCGCCAGGCCAGCGAGAUGCGGGGCCGCUCCGAGCAGUUCGAGAAGACCGUGGAGGUGCUGAAAGAGAAGAUGGAGCACCUCAUCGGGGCUUGCCGGGACAAGGAGGCCAAGAUCAAGGAGUUGUUAAAGAAGCUGGAGCAGCUUUCGGAGGAGGUUCUAGCAGUUAGGGGAGAAAAUGCUCGCCUUGCCAUGCAGGUGCAGGAUUCACAGAAGAACCAUGAAGAGAUCAUCUCCACUUACAGGAAUCACCUGCUGAACGCUGCUCAGGGCUACAUGGAACAGGAUGUGUACAAUAUCCUCCUUCGGAUCCUCAGCACGCAGGAGGGGGGUGGCCGACAGCAGGGAGACACCACUUGGGGGAUCAGGAGAAGAACACCAUUUGGAACCAGGAGUCAGUGAGCAGGGAGUAAGCCGCCCUCGGUUGCCAGAGGCUCCAUCAGGCUGUGGUGGAGGGCGGGAUGGGGAAGGGUGGCCACUGGGGUGGUGUGGGGGGCAUCGCUGACAUUAUGGACCCCAGAACUGAGAACCUGAAGCCUGGAACCCGUGGAUGUGAGCAGAGGAGCCAUGGCUGAACGCCAGCUCGGUGGAGAAUAAAGCAGGAGGCAGGAUGGUG